ACUUCCGCUAUGAGCCCCCGCGGUCCCUCCCACCACCCGUCCCUCCAGUGCGUCGUAACCCGGGGCAACUGUCGCCCGCCGCCGGCGAAGACUAAGCUGCCGGGGGCUUUCCACCGCACAGGCCCCACAUGUGAGGGUGUGAGUGGCGGCGGCCGCUUCCCCGCCCCCAGAGCAAGGCCCCACUUCACGCGCAGCAGAGCAAGAGCCCUGCCCAGCAAGAGAAGAAGCUGCCCUCUGAGACGGGGAUGCAGCAGAGAGAGGAAAAGACCACCAAUAUUGUUUUAGUUGUGGAGCAUCUUGAUCCAGCUUGCUUGAAGAUACCAGGGUUCUGGAGAAGCGAUCCGAUCUCAUUCAUUUCCUCUGAUGUCAUACUGGAAAGAUUAGGAUGUCCAAAGAUAUUUGACCUUUCGUCGGAAGAAGAUGUUAAAAACUUUAAGCAACCAUCAGAGUAAUCACAGUAAUGGAUCUCUGUCAGAAAAAUGAGACGGAGUUAGAAAAUGGUGAAAAUAAUCAAAUUCCAAGCACAGAAGAAACUGAAUUAAACUGUACUUAUUCAGAUGAAAGAAAGGAAAAGAACCAUGUUUGUUGUCUCCUCAAUAUCAGUGACAUUACGCUUGAACAAGAUGAAAAAGCCAACAAGUUUGUUAUCGGAACUGGAUGGGAAGAAGCAGUUCGAGGUUGGGGAAAGACUUCUCCAACUGCUUGCAUUUGGCCCAGAAAGAAAUGUAAAAAGGCGAAGGUGGGAGAAAGUGUCAGCGGCUGUUUACUCUGUGUCAGUCUCUCCCAAGGGACCCCCGAGGCUGGGCCUCAGACUGAGGCUAGAAGCUUGGAGUCAAGGGCUCUGGCUGAGGCAGGCUCAGAGGAGGAUCGAGGUGGCCCCUCCCAGACUCAGCUCCCCACUGGCUGCCCCACCACUGCCUCCAGGAAUAUUAGCAAGAUGUGCUCUCCCUCCCAUAGUCAGGGAGAGAAAAAAAGUCUGCAAAUAAAGGAGUUUUUUUGGUGCAUGGAAGAGUGGGCCAUCCCAGAGACUGGUAGGGACCAAGACUCCAACAGCAGGACUGAUCAAGGUCCCUCCAUCUCAAACUCAUUGAAUUCCAAGGCCCUUUUAGUUCUCCCUCCCCUGAAUUCUUCAGCCCCACAUGGCUUGGAUGUUCAGGUUAAGAAGAGUAAGAACUUGCUCGUGCAGCCAGAAGAGAAGGUGCUGAGUGUGAAAAAGGAUGAGUGUGUGGCUUGUGCAUAUGGAUUGAAAAUAGUUGAAGGGAAAGAUGGAAAGAGACCCUUUGAGCUGGCCAAUCACCUUAAGGUCAACUGCAUGCAGCCUUUUCCUUCACCAAUGGUUGGGACAAACCUCCUGGCCAAUCCAGAACUGGGCAGCCUGCACUGGUCCCUCCUGCCUAAGAAAAACCUGAUGUGCCCUCCCAAUCCCAAUAGUGUUCACUGUCUCAGGACUAUGCAGCUUUUGCAAAAACAGAAAGAGCAAAGCUACAAAGCCAAAUUCAAAGCCAGGGAGCUGAGACCUCCCAUGAACACCCAAAAGUGCAUUCUCAAGGAGGCCAAGCAGGAAAACAGGCCCCAUCCAUUGGAGACCAAUGUGUUCCCAAGACCUCUCUUGCCAUCCCUCACAGUGAGCAGAGUUGUUAUUCCCGCCUCCACUCACAGAUUCCUCUGAAUUGCCACAAUAUAAUUUCCUGGGAAUAAGCCCCUUUGGAAACUCAUUCAUUCUCUUUCUCCCCUACCCCCACCCCAUUCUCUUCUAGUUUCUUCCUUUCCUUUC